AAACACCUGUGCAUCCCCCACACUGGUCCAGGGUUUUCUACGCUCUUCUAAUCUUGCCUGCCGUACUUUACAGCAAGUCCUCGCGGAAGUACUGACGUGUUCACAUUAGCCGAACCAGCACGAGAGGUAGUUAGGUAGAGCCGAGAGUGACACAGCGGCAGAAUCAGGUAAGAAAAACCUGUCUUGCAGCAGUAUGUCUGUCAGUAGGAGUGUGAACAUAUGUUCUUUAGUUUUAGUGGAAUUAAGGGGACCAAUACCAAAGUAAUAUUUCAAUUGAAAUUCCUCUCUAAAUAUGGUGUCGAGAGGCUAUGCAUAUGCUAGCUGGAAAGGGCUCGGUUUCUAACCGGAAGUGAGUUGUCAAAUUCUCGAAGUUACUGCUGGUGGUUGUAGUUCAACGUCCCACUGUUUGUAUCCAUCAAAAUGACAACAUUGAGAUUAAAGACUACAAUUUCCAUCUUUAGGGUAGCAGUGUUUAACUGUUUGAUUCUCGCUGCACAUUAUGGGAAGUAGAGUGAAUCCAUCACUGUUUCACACACACUGUUAAUGAAAGGUGGUUGUUUAAAAACUACACAAACCAGAAAGGGUUUAUUUGGGGGGCAUCACUAAUUACCUAGUUAGCUUUUUUUGUAACGCUAGCUAACAUCACUCACCCUGCUUGCGAGACAUGAAAACAUUGAAUCAAAAUUGCGUUGUGAAUAAAAACACUUCAAUACUAAACAUAUCCAAUCUCACACACUAUAAAUAAUUGUUUUAGCUGGCUACAGUAGCUAGCAACUGCAUUCGUUGGCUCGCUCGCUAGCUAACCAGUAAACGAUUCAACGUUGGAGAGCAAAUAACAGCUAACUAGCCACAUUAUGAGAAGAGACCGUUUAUGAGCGACUCAACUCCACAAUUUACGAUGGAGUUGCGCGCCGACUAUGUUAUGUUUAAAAUAUAUAUAUAUAUAUAUAUAUAUAUUAACUACGGAUUUCAGGGCUGUUCUUUGUGUGCUGAAAUUUGUCGUUUUUGAUACAUUGAAAUGUAUGUGACUUCGGAACUCCAGUCUGCCCACAUUAGUCGCGGCUCGUAAAUCGUUGAGUUAAGUCGGCUAUCAAGUCUAUUGUCAUUAUCAGCUAACGUAAGUCUCACAAUAAUUGGACAGCUGUUUGAUAAGCAACAUGACGUGAAGGGAAAUUAAAAUGAAACUUUUCUAUCGUUUGAGCCGGUAGACCUUCCAAGUGGGCUAGCCCAAUUACAAGCCUAGGACUUUUGGGUGGGAAGAGUUGGGAUAACAUUAGACUGGGAUAACAUUAAACCAGUUCUUGGGCUUGAGGAGAAGAGAUCUCCUCUGACUUCCCAUUAACCAGCUCUGCAAAUGUGAUGUCAAAAUACGUUCGGUACUUACCCAAAAUAUGGAGUUUUGCAGAGCAACUAUAGUCAUUACUGCCUUCAUGCACAGUAUGUACUUCUAAAAAAGGUCUAAAUAAAAAUUGUUUUGGACCAUGUGCGCAUGAUUCACCUUCGGCAUCUCCCAAUAUAAUCACUUAUUAAUGCCACGCACAGGUAGGCUGAUCCAGCAGCAGUACAGUAUUCCUUAAGAUCGUUGAUUUUAUUUAGACCUUCUUUGGAAGUACAUACCAUGCGGAACAGUAAUGACAAUAGUUGCUCUGCGAAAGUACAGAAUGUAUUUUGACAUAACGUUUGCAGAGCUGGUUCAGGAUAACAUGUCAAUUAUCCUAUGUUGAUGUUAGGUUGAUGUAGCUGACUAAAGUCAAUUACAUGGAGUUGAGCAGAGACCAGGUUUUGUGGAAUUUAGCUCCGACUACAUCGAUUCGCCCAAGGUCAAUAUUUAAAUCUAUACGUUAUUUUCAAUAAACGUUAAUCAAAUACAACCACUGAUUGUUUGCUCAAUGCUAUAAGAUGUGCCAAUUGAAUAAUUGUUUGGCGAAUCAAUUUAGUCAGAGCUGAAUUCCACAAAGCCUGGACUCUGUUCAUGGAGUUCAUCAGAAACGUCCUUUAGUGGCCUCCCGAAUGGCGCAGCGGUCUAAGGCACUGCAUCUAGAGGAGUCACCACAGACCCGGGUUUGAUCCUGCAGGCUGACCUCGGUCGUCGGUUGAACAGUGUUUCCUCCGACACAUUGGUGCGGCUGGCUUCUGGGUUAAGCGGGCGGGUGAUAAGAAGCGCGGUUUGGCGGGUCAUGUUUCGGAGGAUGCAUGACUCAACCUUCGCCUCCUGAGCCCAUUGGGGAGUUGCAGCGAUGAGACAAGAUCGAAAAAGGGGUUAAAAAAGAAUAACUACCUUUACCUUGGAGUUGAGUUUAGUCAGCUAGGUCGCUGUAUGUGAGUUGUUGCCAUGUUAUUACAGUGAGGGAAAAAAGUAUUUGAUCCCCUGCUGAUUUUGUAUGUUUGCCCACUGACAAUGAAAUGAUCAGUCUAUAAUUUUAAUGGUAGGUUUAUUUGAACAGUAAGAGACAGAAUAUCUACAAAAAAAUCCUGAAAAACUCAUGUCAAAAAUGUUAUAAAUUGAUUUGCAUUUUAAUGAGGGAAAUAAGUAUUUGACCCCCUCUCAAUCAGAGGGAUUUCUGGCUCCCAGGUGUCUUUUAUACAGGUAACAAACUGAGAUUAGGAGCACACUCUUAAAGGGAGUGCUCCUAAUCUCAGUUUGUUACCUGUAUACAAGACACCUGUCCACAGAAGCAAUCAAUCAAUCAGAUUCCAAACUCUCCACAAUGGCCAAGACCAAAGAGCUCUUUAAGGAUUUCAGGGACAAGAUUGUAGACCUACACAAGGCUGGAAUGGGCUACAAGACCAUCGCCAAGCAGCUUGGUGAGAAGGUGACAACAGUUGGUGAGAUUAUUCGCAAAUGGAAGAAACACAAAAGCACUGUCAAUCUCCCUCGGCCUGGGACUCCAUGCAAGAUCUCACCUUGUGGAGUUGCAAUGAUCAUGAGAACGGUGAGGAAUCAGCCCAGAACUACACUGGAGGAUCUUGUCAAUGAUCUCAAGGCAGCUGGGACCAUAGUCACCAAGAAAACAAUUGGUAACACACUACGCCGUGAGGGUCCCCCUGCUCAAGAAAGCACAUAUACAGGGCCGUCUGAAGUUUGCCAAUGAACAUCUGAAUGAUUCAGAGAAGAACUGGGUGAAAGUGUUGUGGUCAGAUGAGACCAAAAUCGAGCUCUUUGGCAUCAACUCAACUCGCCGUGUUUGGAGGAGGAGGAAUGCUGCCUAUGACCCCAAGAACACCAUCCCCACCGUCAAACAUGGAGGUGGAAACAUUAUGCUUUGGGGGUGUUUUUCUGCUAAGGGGACAGGACAUCUUCACCGCAUCAAAGGGACGAUGGACGGAGCCAUGUACCGUCAAAUCUUGGGUGAGAACCUCCUUCCCUCAGCCAGGGCAUUGAAAAUGGGUCGUGGAUGGGUAUUCUAGUGUGACAAUAACCCAAAACACACGGCCAAGGCAACAAAGGAGUGGCUCAAGAAGAAGCACAUUAAGGUCCUGGUGUGGCCUAGCCAGUCUCCAGACCUUAAUCCCAUAGAAAAUCUGUGGAGGGAGCUGAAGGUUCGAGUUGCCAAACAUCAGUCUCGAAACCUUAAUGACUUGGAGAAGAUCCGCAAAGAGGAGUGGAACAAAAUCCCUCCUGAGAUGUGUGCAAACCUGGUGGCCAACUACAAGAAACGUCUGACCUCUGUGAUUGCCAACAAGGGUUUUGCCAUCAAGUACUAAGUCAUGUUUUGCAGAGGGGUCAAAUACUUAUUUCCCUCAUUAAAAUGCAAAUCAAUUUAUAACAUUUUUGAUAUGCGUUAUUCUGUCUCUCACUGUUCAAAUAAACCUACCAUUAAAAUUAUAGACUGAUCAUGUCUUUGUCCGUGGGCAAACGUACAAAAUCAGCAUUGGGAAACAUCUACACACUCCUUCACGGCGUAGUGUGUUACCAAUUGUAUUCUUGGUGAAUAUGGUCCCAGCUGCCUUGAGAUCAUUGACAAGAUCGUCCCGUGUAGUUCUGUCCUCCCGAGUGGCGCAGUGGUUUAAGGCAUUGCAUCGCAGUGCUAGCUUUGCCACUAGAGAUCCUGGUUCGAAUUAGCCCAGCGUCGUCCAGGGUAGGGGAGGGAAUGGCCGGCAGGGAUGUAGCUCAGUUGGUAGAGCAUGGCGUUUGCAACGCCAGGGUUGUGGGUUCGAUUCCCACGGGGGGCCAGUAUGAAAAAUAAAAAAAAUGAUGUAUGCACUCACUAACUGUAAGUCGCUCUGGAUAAGAGCGUCUGCUAAAUGACUAAAAUGUUUUUAAAAAAUGGGAUCAAAUACUUUUUUACCUCACUGUAUACGUGGAAAAGGACUAACAGAAUAAAUAAACUAGCUAGAUAUAUAGCGAGCCAAUUCAAAAAUUAAAUUACUGUAGCCUACCAAUGUUAGGCUAUUGGUAUUCAGUACUAUUUGCCAAAUUGCUCUGAGCUAUAGGCCAAAUAUCCUCAGGCUCAUCUGUCCACACAUUAUUUACAUGCAGCAAAUCUACCCCUGCUUUGCGAGUCACAGCCAGGCAAGACGUUCUUGUCUUGAGAGCACACCUCAUCAACACAUUGUGUCGAUAACACCUAAGUACUAUAAACACUUCGUCUACAGAUCCAUACUCGCAUUGCAAACAAAAAGCCUGUUGUGGUGAAAUAUGUUCAAGUAAUACCUGGUAACAACCCUUUUCUCUCCUUCCACAGACAGGAUGUCAGAAGGGGACAGUGUUGGUGAAUCAAUCCAUGGGAAACCAUCCACAAUCGGCAGCUUCUUCACACGGGUUGGACAGGUACUGCUGCCGGGGCCUUUAGUUGGUCUCUCAUCAAAUGUCAAGAGGAAAGAAAACUAGGCUAAACCAAAGGAAACACUGCCACCACUGUUUUGAUGAACAUAACCAUUGGACCCGCUAGAAAUUGCACUUCAGAUAAGACGACGUGAAAAUGUGACGCUUAAUCUAAUGUUUACUGUUGCUCUCCUGGUAUUAGUUGUGCACUGUGUCUUUCUGGUUCGUGUCUUUUCCAGAUUUAUCAGUCAUGGCUAGACAGGUCGACGCCGUUCUCCAUAGGGCGAUGGGGAGUCACACUUUCGCUAACGGCCAUCUACAUGAUCAGAGUGUACAUAUUACAGGUAAAGAAACACACAACACUCAGGGCUAUUGCUGGGUUGCGUUCAGGAGGUUGCAACGUACUGAACACUCCAGAUAGAAAUGCCAUGAGCAGAGCUGACGUGUUUCCUUUCUCAGCAUGUCAAAAAGGUCUGUUCUGCACGAUAUAUUUCUCUCUGAGCGUUCCACAACAUUUCGCCCAACUGAAUACGCACCUGACGUCUUUGAAGGUAGAUUUGGCAAUGUGGCAUCACCAUACACAGUGCGACAACUUCCUCCUUAGACAAAAACAACGAAAGUCAAAUCUGCCAAGAUUUGGGUAUGCCUCAAUGGAGGGAGGAAAUUUGGAAGAGCCUGUAAGUGGCUUGUCAGAUUUGAAAUCUGUUGUUGAUGACUAUGAUGAUGUUAUAUUGCUGAGUUUGAACGUUAAGAUAUUUUUUUUUUGCAAUGUGCCUUUAGGCGUAAUAUGCACUUGCUCACAUCCAAGGAAUAGAAGAUCACUUUGGGAGCAUCUAACUGUGUGAAAAUGUAGGCUACCGUUUUCCCUUUAGACUAGUAUUUCCCCAUAUAUUGUCAUCUCAGUCAAUGUUUAUACAUUUGUGAAUUAUGUGAGGGAAUAUACACUACCAGUCGAAUGUUUGGACACACCUACUCAUUCAACGGUUUUUCUUAAUUUUUUAUAUUUUUUACAUUGUAGAAUAAUAGUGAAGACGUCAAAACUAUGAAAUAGCACAUAUGCAAUUAUGUAGUAACCAAAAAAGUGUUAAAGAAAUCAAAAUAUAAUUUAAUUCAAAUAGCCACCCUUUGCCUUGAUGACAGAUUUUCACACAGAUUUGCACACAUGUUUACGCUUAUUUCAUUUACAGUUUGGAUAAGAGCGUCUGCUAAGUGUCAUUUUCUAAAUGUAAUGUAUGAAAUUCAAAUGAACACUAAUAUAAGUUUUCUCUGCUCCCUCCAGGGUUGGUAUAUUGUAACAUAUGCUCUGGGAAUUUACCAUCUCAACCUGUUCAUCGCUUUUCUAUCACCAAAAGUGGAUCCAUCAAUGCUUGACGAAGGCAAGUUAGAGUUCAUUGUACCAUAUUACAUUCCUUUGGGUUGCAGUCAUAUUUAAGAUGUUUACUUUCCUACAUAAAGCGAUGUACAGGAAUGUCUUCUAGCGCUCACUCUUCAUGAAGAUACCCUCCAUGUAGCAUUGUGGCUAGAGACUAUAUUUAAAAAAAGCUUUGACGGGGGUGUGUAUCUUUGGCCGACUACGCAUCUCGAUACACUGAUGUGUAUAUGAUUCAGGAAAGAUACAUUAUAGUUUGGGACGAUUCAAUACGAUAUGGUUCAGUCCAAUGCAAAUAAAUAUUUAUUUGCAGUGAAUCUGGAUACGUUUUCAUCCUUAUGAUGACUAGACAAAGACUAUAAAAAAAUUACAUUUUCUAAUUGGAUGAUUCUCACGAAACUGGCACUUAACAAAAGAAAACUAAUUCCUCUUGGAUCACUAAGAUUAGGAUCUGUAUUUACAGUGCCUUGCAAAAGUAUUCAGCCCCCUUGGCGUUUUUCCUAUUUUGUUGCAUUACAGCCUGUAAUUUAAAUUGAUUUUUAUUUGGAUUUCAUGUAAUGGACAUACACAAAAUAGUCCAAAUUGGUGAAGUGAAAUGAAAAAAAUAACUUGUUUAAAAAAAAUCAAUAACGGAAAAGUGGUGCGUGCAUAUGUAUUCACCCCCUUUGCUAUGAAGCCCCUAAAUAAGAUCUGGUGGAACCAAUUACCUUCAGAAGUCACAUAAUUAGUUAAAUGAAGUCCACCUGUGUGCAAUCUAAUUGUCACAUGAUCUGUCACAUGAUCUCAGUAUACAGUGGGGGAAAAAAGUAUUUAGUCAGCCACCAAUUGUGCAUGUUCUCCCACUUAAAAAGAUGAGAGGCCUGUUUUAUCAUAGGUACACGUCAACUAUGACAGACCAAAUUGAGAAAAUGUUUUCCAGAAAAUCACAUUGUAGGAUUUUUUAUGAAUUUAUUUGCAAAUUAUGGUGGAAAAUAAGUAUUUGGUCACCUACAAACAAGCAAGAUUUCUGGCUCUCACAGAUCUGUAACUUCUUCUUUAAGAGGCUCCUCUGUCCUCCACUCGUUACCUGUAUUAAUGGCACCUGUUUGAACUUGUUAUCAGUAUAAAAGACACCUGUCCACAACCUCAAACAGUCACACUCCAAACUCCACUAUAGCUAAGACCAAAGAGCUGUCAAAGGACACCAGAAACAAAAUUGUAGACCUGCACCAGGCUGGGAAGACUGAAUCUGCAAUAGGUAAGCAGCUUGGUUUGAAGAAAUCAACUGUGGGAGCAAUUAUUAGGAAAUGGAAGACAUACAAGACCACUGAUAAUCUCCCUCGAUCUGGGGCUCCACGCAAUAUCUCACCCCGUGGGGUCAAAAUGAUCACAAGAACGGUGAGCAAAAAUCCCAGAACCACACGGGGGGACCUAGUGAAUGACCUGCAGAGAGCUGGGACCAAAGUAACAAAGCCUACCAUCAGUAACGCACUACGCUGCCAGGGACUCAAAUCCUGCAGUGCCAGACGUGUCCCCCUGCUUAAGCCAGUACAUGUCCAGGCCCGUCUGAAGUUUGCUAGAGUGCAUUUGGAUGAUCCAGAAGAGGAUUGGGAGAAUGUCAUAUGGUCAGAUGAAACCAAAAUAGAACUUUUUGGUAAAAACUCAACUCGUUGUGUUUGGAGGACAAAGAAUGCUGAGUUGCAUCCAAAGAACACCAUACCUUCUGUGAAGCAUGGGGGUGGAAACAUCAUGCUUUGGGCUGUUUUUCUGCAAAGGGACCAGGACGACUGAUCCGUGUAAAGGAAAGAAUGAAUGGGGCCAUGUAUCGUGAGAUUUUGAGUGAAAAAAUCAGCAAGGGCAUUGAAGAUGAAACGUGGCUGGGUCUUUCAGCAUGACAAUGAUCCCAAACACACCGCCCGGGCAACGAAGGAGUGGCUUCGUAAGAAGCAUUUCAAGGUCCUGGAGUGGCCUAGCCAGUCUCCAGAUCUCAACCCCAUAGAAAAUCUUUGGAGGGAGUUGAAAGUCCGUGUUGCCCAGCGACAGCCCCAAAACAUCACUGCUCUAGAGGAGAUCUGCAUGGAGGAAUGGGCCAAAAUACCAGCAACAGUGUGUGAAAACCUUGUGAAGACUUACAGAAAACGUUUGACCUCUGUCACUGCCAACAAAGGGUAUAUAACAAAGUAUUGAGAAACUUUUGUUAUUGACCAAAUACUUAUUUUCCACCAUAAUUUGCAAAUAAAUUCAUUAAAAAUCCUACAAUGUGAUUUUCUGGAUUUGUUUUCCUCAUUUUGUCUGUCAUAGUUGACGUGUACCUAUGAUGAAAAUUACAGGCCUCUCUCAUCUUUUUAAGUGGGAGAACUUGCACAAUUGGUGGCUGACUAAAUACUUUUUUCCCCCACUGUAUAUACACCUGUUCUGAAAGGCCCCAGAGUCUGCAACGCCACUAAGCAAGUGGCACCAUGAAGACCAAGGAGCUCUCCAAACAGGUCAGGGACAAAUUUGUGGAGAAGUUCAGAUCAGGGUUGGGUUAUAAAAAAUAUCAGAAACUUUGAACAUCCCACGGAGCACCAUAAAAUCUAUUAUUAAUAAUAUGGCACCACAACAAACCUGCCAAGAGAGGGCCGCCCACCAAAACUAACGGACCAGGCAAGGAGGGCGUUAAUCAGAGAGGCAACAAAGAGACCAAAGAUAACCCUGAAGGAGCUGCAAAGCUCCACAGCGGAGAUUAGAGUAUCUGUCCAUAGGACCACUUUAAGCCAUACACUCCACAGAGCUGGGCUUUACGGAAGAGUGGCCAGAAAAAAGCCAUUGCUUAAAGAAAAAAAUAAGCAAACACGUUUGGUGUUCGCCAAAAGCCAUGUGGGAGACUCCCCAAACAUAUGGAAGAAGGUACUCUGGUCAGAUGAGACCAAAAUUGAGCUUUUUGGCCAUCAAGGAAAACGCUAUGUCUGGCGCAAACCCAACACCUCUCAUCACCCCAAGAACACCAUCCCCACAGUGAAGCAUGGUGGUGGCAGCAUCAUGCUGUGGGGAUGUUUUUCAUCAGCAGGGACUGGGAAACUGAUCAGAAUUGAAGGAAUGAUGGAUGGCGCUAAAUACAGGGAAAUUCUUGAGGGAAACCUGUUUCAGUCUUUUUUAUUUAUUUAUUCAUUUCACCUUUAUUUAACCAAGGUAAGCCAGUUGAGAACAAGUUCUCAUUUACAACUGCGACCUGGCCAAGAUAAAGCAAAGCAGUGCGAUUAAAAAACAACACAGAGUUACAUAUGGGGGUACAACAAAACAUAAAGUCAAAAAAUACAACAGAAAAUAUAUAUACAGUGUGUGCAAAUGUAGCAAGUUAUGGAGGUAAGGCAAUAAAUAGGCUAUAGUGCAAGAUAAUUACAAUUAGUAUUAACACUGGAAUGAUAGAUGUGCAAGAGAUUAUGUGCAAAUAGAGAUACUGGGGUGCAAAUGAGCAAAAUAAAUAACAAUAUAGGGAUGAGGUAGUUGGGUGGGUUAAUUUCAGAUGGGCUGUGUACAGGUGCAGUGAUCGGUAAGGUGCUCUGACAACUGAUGCUUAAAGUUAGUGAGGGAGAUUAGUCUUCCAGAGAUUUGAGACUGGGACGGAGGUUCACCUUCCAGCAGGACAAUGACCCUAAGCAUACUGCUAAAGCAACACUUGAGUGGUUUAAGGGGAAACAUUUAAAUGUCUUGGAAUGGCCAAGUCAAAGCCCAGACCUCAAUCCAAUUGAGAAUCUGUGGUAUGACUUAAAGAUUGCUGUACACCAGCAGAACCCAUCCAACUUGAAGGAGCUGGAGCAGUUUUGCCUUGAAGAAUGGGCAAAAAUCCCAGUGGCUAGAUGUGCCAAGCUUAUAGAGACAUACCCCAAGAGACUUGCAGCUGUAAUUUCUGCAAAAGGUGGCUCUACAAAGUAUUGACUUUGGGGGGUGAAUAGUUAUGCACGCUCAAGUUUUCUGUUUUUUGUCUUAUUUCUUGUUUGUUUCACCCCCAAAAAAUAUUUUGCAUCUUCAAAGUGGUAGGCAUGUUGUGUAAAUGAAAUGAUACAAACCCCCCCAAAAUCAUUUUUAAUUCCAGGUUGUAAGGAAACUAAAUAGGAAAAGUGUAAAGGGGGGUGAAUACUUUCGCAAGCCACUGUAGCUAUUUCAUAAUUAUUAUGUUUAUUGAUGAGAUUAUGCAAUUUCCACAUCUACCAAUGCAAACAUUCUCAUUACUGCAACAGUUUUUGAAGUCCAAAAUAGUAAUAAACCAAUUUCUAAUACUUUUUUUUUGAAUUGCUCACUUAAUGAAAAGGCCUGAGUUAACAUAACACUGAAAACAAAUAUAUUUAAAAUUACAUUAUGAUUUUGUAACUUUUCAUUACCGUAACACAACCUUUUCUGAAUCUAGUUUUUUUUGUCAUAAUUACUUGUGUAUACAUGUUCUUUUUAUGUACACAUUUGGAUAAUGAGCAAAAGGCAUACUAUCAGAUUAAGCCAAAAUUACUAAAGUAUACAAUUUAUUUUUCCUAAUAUUUUCUAAAUAUUGGUACAUUAUGGUAAUGAUAAGCAGGUUUCGGAGAUGAGAAUGAGUGUUUCAUAGUUUGCGAUUGAAAAACUGUGCUGAGCUCAAUUAGAGAUGCAUAUAUAUAUAUAUAUAUAUAUAUAUAUAUAUAUAUAUAUAUAUAUAUAUAUAUAUAUACUGCUCAAAAAAAUAAAGGGAACACUAAAAUAACACAUCCUAGAUCUGAAUGAAUUAAAUAAUCUUAUUAAAUAUUUUUUUCUUUACAUAGCUGAAUGUGCUGACAACAAAAUCACACAAAAAUUAACAAUGGAAAUCAAAUUUAUCAACCCAUGGAGGUCUGGAUUUGGAGUCACCCUCAAAAUUAAAGUGGAAAACCACACUACAGGCUGAUCCAACUUUGAUGUAAUGUCCAGAGAAAGCUUGUUGGACACUAAGAAAGCUUUGUUGUAGAGAGUUUAACACUAAAUCCGGGGAGGGGCCAGCUGAGUAUAAGACUGUAUCAUCUGCAUAUAAAUGGAUGAGAGAGCUUCCUACUGCCUGAGCUAUGUUGUUGAUGUAAAUUGAGAAGAGCAUGGGGCCUAGGAUCGAGCCUAUGUUCUGACUUUAUACACUCUGACUUUAUACACUGCACUCUUUGAGAGAGGUAGUUAGCAAACCAGGACAAAGACCCCUCAGAGACACCAAUACUUCUUAGCCUGCCAAGAAUGGAAUGGUCUACCGUAUCAAAAGCUUUGGCCAAGUCAAUUAAAAUAGCAACAUUGCUUAGAAUCAAGGGCAAUGGUGACAUCAUUUAGGACCUUUAAGGUUGCAGUGACACAUCCAUAACCUGAGCAGAAACCAGAUUGCAUACCAGAGAGAAUACUAUAGACAUCAAGAAAGCCAGUCAGUUGAUUAUUGACAAGUUUUUCCAACACUUUUGAUAAAAAGGGCAAAAUAGAAAUUGGCCUAUAACAGUUAGGAUCAGCUUGAUCUCCCCCUUUAAAUAAAGGACACACCGUGGCUGCCUUCCAAGCAAUGGGAACCUCCCCAGAGAGGAGAGACAGGUUUAAAAUGUCAGAGAUAGGCUUGGCGAUGAUAGGGGCUGCAACCUUAAAGAAGAAAGGACCCAGAUGGUUUUUUGGGGUCAAGUUUAAGGAGCUCCUUUAGCACCUCAGUCAGUGACUGCCUACAGGGAGAAACUUUGUAGCGGUGCAGGGGAAAAAGAGGGAGGAGCAUCAAGGUUAGUCGCAUUAUAGAAGGGGUGGGAGAUGAGGAAAUGUUGGACGGGCAAUGAGGCAUGGCUGAGCCAAAUAGGAAUCCUGACGUGGUGAAUAAAGAGCUCAGCCAUGUGCUCCUUGUCAGUAACAACCACAUCAUCAACUUUAAGGUACAUGGGCAGCUGUGAGGAGGAGGGUUUAUUCUCCAGGUCAUUAACCAUUUUCCAGAACUUCUUGGGGUUAGACCCACAGAGAGAGAACUGCUCCUUAAAGUAACUAACUUUGGCCUUCCGCAUAGCCUGAGUGCACUUAUUUCUCAUUUGCCUGAACGAGAGCCAGUCAGCCUGAGUAUGCGUGUGCUGAGCCUUUCGCCAAAUGGAAUUCUUGAGGUGGAGUAAUUCUGCCAGAUCACGGUCGAACCAGGGGCUGAACCUGUUUUUAAUUCUCAUUUUCUUUAUGGUGGCGUGUUUGUUAACAAUACCACUGAAAAAUAUAAAAAAAGAAGGUCCAAGCGUCUUCGACAGAGGGGAGCAAGCUGUGUCUAUACCAAUUUACAGAGGCCGGGACAUGAAGGAAGGCUUGCUCAUUAAAGUUUUUUAGCAAGCGUCAAUGACAAAUCAGGACAGGUCGUUUCACUGAGCAGCUAUUACGAACAAAGGCUGUAAAACAGUGAUCACUAAGGUCAUUACAGAAAACACCAGACUGAUACCUAUCAGGAUUAUUUGUGAGGAUAACAUCAAGGAGAGUAGCCUUUUCUGGGUGUUUGGAGUCAUACCUUGUGGGAUUGGUAAUAAUCUGAGAAAGAUUUAGGGAGUCCCAUUGCUUUAGGACUUGGCAUGGGGUUUAAGCACAAACAGGUGGACAGAGACUUGCUAGGUACGAUCAGUCCAAAGUCACAAACAAAACAAAAACAGGUGGACAGAGACUUGCUAGGUACGAUCAGUCCAAAGUCUGCGGUGUGUGUGCUGGAGGCGAGCGAAAGCUCAGGAGAGAGGGGGAAGUGUGGCGGGGGUUCCUGUACCAGACCGGGUGAGACAGGCCAGGGCAGACGGUGAACAGAUCGCCAGGUGGAAUCCGUGCAGCAGGCAACGGGAGUAGGUGUCACACCCGCUUGGGAGAAGCUAGCUGGUUGGGAUUUUCUACAAGGAAUCUGCCUCCCGAAAAAAAGCUUCUCCCAAAAAAGCUUCUCCCAAGCGGGUGUGACACCCAGGAAAACACAGAAUUUCUAAUUUGGUCCCAGGCUGAAAAAGUUUAAGAACCCCUGCACUAGAGAAACAAGAUAUUGGAGAGCUCCUUUCCUUUCAAUGUGGUGAGAGUAACUUAGUAACCCAAAAGCUUCCAAAGAAAUACCUUUCUAUGUAAAUACUAUUUAAAUGCCUUUUAGUGACAUUUUGGUAUUUAAAACAGAAUGCAAGAUGUCUACACCAGUGCUCUUAUCGGGAUGCCGUUGGGAUCGGUUUUGAAACUCUGUUGUCACUGUUCUUGUUUUGAGUCCAUUUGUUUGGCUAGCAACGUGAUCCUUGCUGUAACUUUGCUCCCCCUCCACUCACCUGUAGAUGAGGGCCCGGCGCUCCCCACCAAGCAGAAUGAGGAGUUCCGUCCAUUCAUCAGGAGGUUGCCUGAAUUCAAAUUCUGGUGAGAGCCCCCAAUGACCGCACCAUCUAUAGCUGUCAUCUACCCAGCUUGGCCUUUCACUGAACUGGGCUGAGCUACAGGCUUAUGCUUGCAUAAUUUGUGCCCCCUAUUUCUGACAUCCUACCACAGUGUCCUGUCGGAAUAUUCCACCAAUCUUUGAGUGAAUGAUUCAAUGUCACACAGAAAAUACACAAAAUCCAUGGAAAGUGAGAACACAUAUUGACGUAGUACACUGUGACAUGUGUAAUACUGUCCAGCCAUGUAAUGGAUGUUGUGUCCUAUGUCCCGCUAUUCAAUAGCCUGGUUCACAGAAAAUAAGCUCCUCCACACUGCCCCUUGCAAAGUAUCACUCCUUUAUUCUGUUCACUCACCAAGUAGCCAGCUCACCCACCAAUGUGAAGAUAUUCUUGGCCUGUGAAAGUAUAUUUCCAAUAUGACGCUGCACUAGGAUGGCUCUAUGGACUUUUACAAUCUAGCCUAGCUUUCCAGUACAAAGCUGUAUUGUUGUACAUAUUUUCCUUACUAUCAAGGCCAUUUCAUUCCCAGCCUGAACCUAUAACAACAAUGCUAAUAUGUACUGGAGGUGGCACUGACAAGUACGUUGUUGCCCAUACCUAUGAUUAUGGUAGGAAAUAGAAACCUCUGGUGUUUAGCUUUGUGGUUUUCUUUUGCUAUUUUUACCACUGUCUACAGGCAGGAACUUACUAUCAUUAAGGCUAUCAUUAACGCUGACACAUUGUUUUUGUGUGCGUGUGUUUUUCUUUUAUGUCUUCAGGCAUUCGGCAACGAAAGGCAUCGUCAUCGCCAUGAUUUGCACAUUCUUUGAAGCCUUCAACGUGCCAGUGUUCUGGCCCAUACUUGUAAUGUACUUCAUCAUGCUUUUCUGUAUCACCAUGAAGAGGCAGAUCAAGGUAUGGGAAACCCAGUGACGCUGCUGCUUACUCUGCGUGAUAUCUAUAUAUAUAGUCGUAUCAGACGAUUCGUAGCUAAAUGUAUCACAGUCAUACAAUCCUAAUGAAUUCCUCUGCUAUUGAUAUGUAUCUGUAAUUAAUCAUGCUAGUCAAUUGUCUCUUCAAGACGUUUCACUUAGAGUUCAGUGAAUAGAACAUCUUUGUGAAUGUGGCUAACUUUAUUUUUCUUCUCCUACCUUCAGCAUAUGGUCAAGUACAGAUACCUUCCCUUCACACACGGGAAGAGGACUUACAGAGGCAAGGAAGAAACCGGGAAACCUUUUGCUAGUUAAAAUCAAACAUUCCCCCUUAACCCCCCCGCCCCCAUUUGAAAAUUACAAGUUAUGGAAAAAUAGUAUAUGUGGGUAAAAGGGGUCAGUGAUUGUCUGUGGGGGGAAAAAAAUAAAAAAAAAGAUUAAAAAAAUAGUUUGGAUUCAAAAUGUUGACAGUAUUGGAUGGUAGUAGUGCUGAGGAUUGAUGUAGUCACAAGAGGACACGCUGCCUAUGGUUAUUAUGGGGAUGGGGAUAUGAGAUGGCCAGUCAUAUCACAGCCGCGGGAUACCUUUGUAUUUGGUCAGUGGAUGAAACGCAGUGCCGCCCUUUGCCUUGUAACCCCAUG